AUCAUCUUACAGGUUACAACAAAGUUCAAAUAAUAUUUUGAAUAAAAAUGAUUUCUAUAAAACAUCAAAAAUUCCUUUCAAAAUGUGUUUUAUUAAUUUUAUAUCUAGAUUGUGUAAAAUGCUCAGGUUGUAACAGUAAUAAAUUAUUGUAUACAGAAAUUGGAUGUAAACCUAUAAUUGAAAAUGAUUCAAAUUCUUGUCCAGUGGCAUACGACUGUGAAAACGUGUUUACGAGAUCAWGUGACAAGUGUUAUUUUAAUGGAAAUAUCUAUGCACCAAGAGCUAAUAUCUCUAAGAAUGACUCAGCAUUAAGCUUAUGUGUAUCCAGUUGCUUCUGCGAUCAGAAAACAAACGAUAAUAAAGGUGUGGYUAAUGAUAAAUUGUGUAGAAGAUUUAAAUGCGAUUAUGAACUUCUUUACAUGGAAAAUAUUUUGAAUCGAGACGCUCCUCUUUAUUACGAAGAAAAGGAUGGAUGUCCUAUCAACUGGUUUCAAUCUGAAUACGAACACGAUUUUGGUACUGUCGAAGUAUCUGAAACCAUUAAUUCCAGUAGUUAUGUGUGCAAAUUUGGGAAUCUUAGUGUACCAAUAGGACAACAAUUAAAGAUUGAUCGACUUUCAAUCGAAAAUUCUGAAUCAGAUACACAUAAAACAAUAUGUACUUGUGAUAUCCCUCCUUUAAUAACUUGCAUUACAGGUAGAAAACAUGUUGUGUAUGAUAAAUAUAGUAUGAAUAUACUAUAAUAUAAUAUUGUAUUAUAAAUACAUAA